AAAUAUCACGUCUCCUAGAUUAGCUUUCAGAUUUCACGCUCCUAUUCGUGCAUCUCAAAGACCGCCAUGUUUUUAGAAUGUAACAAAUUAUUAAUUAAACCAAACCCACAUGUCCAUACAUUUUUUCAUGUUUCUUGUCUUCUAAAUCUUAAAAUCCUCACCUGUUUGUCUCUGCCUCUAUAAAUUGAAAUUAAUCUCCACAGACAACCCUAAUAGAUUCUACAGUACACACAAACAGAACAGAGAUGGAAUCUCAAACCCUAAAAUUAAAAUCCUUGCUAAUUAUCCUUUUCUUCUUCCUUUCAACCACAUUACUCCCCACCUCCGCCGUCGCCUCCUCCGCCGUCCGGCCGCCCAAAGCCCACAUCAGAAAGGCCUGCAAGCCGACGCCGUAUCCACGCCUCUGCGAGGCCUCCCUCUCAUUGUACGCUUCAGAAACCAAACGAACCCAACAAGAGCUCUGCAGGGCGGCGCUGGUUUCCUCCCUCAAAGCUGCACAAAACGCCACCUCCACAAUCUCCACCAUUUUCCGACGAAGGGGUCUCUCCCGUCCCUCGCCCUACGAAGCCGAAGUCAUCGGAGAUUGCACCGAUAAUCUCAAAGACUCCAUCGACGAGCUCCGGAGAGCCUCCGCUGCCAUCAAAAGCUUGUAUCGCACUCAAGAUGUUGAAUUUCAGAUAAGUAGCAUCAAAACGUGGGUGAGUGCUGCAGAGACGGAUGUUAUGACUUGCACCGACGGGGUGAAUGGCGACGGUGGCCGGAAAGUGAGGUCGAAGGUGAAGAGUGAGGUGAAAAAAUCUACUAUGAAUGUAAUAAGGCAGAUUAGUAAUGCGUUGUCUCUCAUCAACAACUUAAAGUACAAAUAAUAUAAAUUUUAAAUAAUGAUUAAACAGAA